AUGGACCUCCUUUACACCCCUACAUACCAGUUCGUCAACUGGGAUCCACUAACGGCGAUCAAUGUAGGCGACUAUGGAAUGGUCAACAAGGACACUGGAGAAUUCGAAUGGGAAGGGAACCUUUACACAUUGCAGAACGAUGUCGAUAUCGACAUGACGGACACGGCACUACGCCCCAUAGAAACGGAAGGGAACGACACAUACAUCGUUCAAUCGUGGGUGCCACCGUCGAGAACGUCGACACAGCUACUGAAGCGUAGCACCGUGCCUGGUGCAGGGAAGGUUGCCCUCAAAGUCGAGUUUGAGUCCGAUGGUAUGAGGCGAGCAGCGAAGGCAACACACAUCAGCAUUCCCAACGAUGAGCGCAUCAUCAGGCUGAUCAAGUCCAGACCUGAUGUCCUCAAAGAGAAGUAUGUAGUCACCAAAGUGACGUGUUGCGCAGCAUAUGCGAUGUACAUGUCUACCACUGAAGUCGAAAAAUUCCCCGUGACACUUCAAGCCAACGGGCCUAUUGUACCGGUUGUUGAUGUUGGAGGAGCAACGAGUUUCACCUGGUCUUCAGGAACCAACCAUGGUGUUUACCGUGAAGGAAGCAAAUCGGGCGCAAAAUACAUGCCCAUCUAUAAGCUAAAGGAGCCUCGUUCAAAGUUCUGGGUGCCUCCCAGUGAACGCGGAAAUGAGAAAAUUGACGAUUCGAUCGAGAAAUGGGUGGCUGUCGACCCACCUUGGGAACCCAUCGACGAUGAUGGCGAAGAAGACCCAUUUUAUGAUGCAGAGAUGCAUGGUGACUUCGGCGUUUUCAAUGAUGGCUAUCCUGAUAACCAUGAUGAUGAUGACUACUGA